CUACAUAUUUUAAUUCAAUAAUUUAAUUCAAAUUCAAGUCAGAACAAAAGGUUUGUUGACUGCUUUUUCCUUGCUCAAAAUGUCAAAAGGCUUUUUACUUUAUUUGUGCCAGUUUAACAUUGUUGUGAAAUAUUGCUAUUAAACUACGCAUUCCAGUUUGAACUGCCAUUUUAUUAGCUGGAGUUACUCUAAAUCUUUCACCUUGAACCUAGUACCUUUGACAUUAUUAUUGGCAUAAUACUGAGGAGAUGACUAUAAUUGACAAACCACACACUAUCCUACUAAACAAUAUGUGGGUUGUUACUAUUUACAGAAAUGAGGUUCUUACUGUUUUGAUAUGCUAUUUUUUUAUGUAGUAUGUGGUUUGGGGUGGGCCUUGAAUAGUGUAUUUACAUGCCACUCAGAACCAUAAGAUUUUUAUAGGGUGCAUGUUCAUUACUGUAUUCAGCAAUAUAUUACUAGCAUGAUUUACUGAAAUAUAUAAGGGUUUUUUGUUGUUGUUGUUGUUGUUGUUUUUGCAAUCAGUUAAAAUAGACACUACUUCAUAUGUUAAUCUCAGUAUGCUAAUUAGAUAACCUGCUAACCUUGCAGGCAACUGAGCACUCAGCAGCUGUGUUACUCAGUAUUAUGCAAAAUCAGUUGGAGUUUUAACAAGUCUAAUUAAUUUCAUUCAGCUUCACGUGACAGAAGACCACUAGCUUCACAUCACACCCUAACCAUUAAUGGAACGUACCUCAGGCGCAUUUCUUUCUAUGUACCUUUCGGGACCAGGCUGUCGGCUUGUAACUUUGAUGUCCGCUCUUAAACCCUGAGCCCAGUACAUAUUGGAAUAGCCUACAGGAGAUGUAGCGUGCGGCGUGGCUGCGUGAAACACUUGAGGAAAAACGCGGGGGGAACCGCUUUUAAAUGUUCUUUCUGUGACUAUAACAAAAAAGAAGAGGUCUGAAAUCGAGAGGAACGCCGCUAUAUUGGAUAUUGUGGAGUAUUUUUUCUGUCUCGUGGAAAACGCUGGAGUUUUUGGGGGGAACAGAAGUCAUGGGUCGAUGAGAGAAGCCGGACAGAGGAGCUCUCCCGCUAACUUCAAGCGAGAGUUCGAGGGAGAUUAGAGUCGAGCUCAGGCAGCCAGAAGCCGUGCAGCCAUGAACGGGGCGCUUACGGAGCCCGUGGCCACGAGCUUCCGAGAAGAUGCUCCCCGUCCGCCCGUGCCAGGCCAAGAGGGCGAAGUCAAGUGCCGCAAACUGCCAAGCAAAAUGACCGCUCUGAGAGUCAAGGAGACAGCGAAAUCGACGCGUAGGGACGAAGAAGGCCUCGGCGAGCCAGAGGGCAGCGCAUCACCGGACUCGCCGCUCGCUCGCUGGACCAAGUCUCUGCACUCGCUGCUAGGUGACCAGGACGGCGCGCGCCUUUUCCGGGUUUUCCUGGAGCGCGAGCGGUGUGCCGAUGCGCUCGACUUUUGGUUUGCGUGUAACGGCUUCCGUCAAAUGGACCUGAAGGACGGCAAGACUCUGCGCGUGGCCAAAGCCAUUUACAAGCGCUACGUGGAAGCCGAUGGCGUCGUCGGCAGGCGCCUCAAACCGGCCACCAAGACUUUUAUUCGGGACAACGUGAAGCGACAGCAGAUCGACUCGGCCAUGUUCGACCAGGCGCAGACUGAAAUCCAGACCAGCAUGGAGGAAAACGCGUACCAGACGUUCUUGCAGUCCGACAUAUACCUCGAGUACGUGCGCAGCGGAGGUGAAAACCCCUCGCACACCAACCCCGGUGCGCUCGGGAGUCUAAAACUCGUCUGUGGCUAUUUGCCCACUCUCAAUGAAGAGGAGGAAUGGAGUUGUAAUGACUUUAAAGCCAAAGCUCUGGCUGUGGUCGGACUAUCGGCUAAAGCUCUGCGGGCUGCUCCUUCUCUGAGGACUGUAGAAGUGCUGGAGAAAAACUACAGGUCGUAUAGGCGCUGUGAUCCUGCCAACCCAUACCAUGUGGCCUCCGGCUGCAGCUUCGCCCCCGCCACCAGUGCCAACGACAGCGAGAUCUCCAGCGACGCCAUGACAGACGACUCUAUGUCAAUGACUGACAGCAGUGUUGACGGGAUCCCACCAUACAAACUGGGCAGCAAAAAGCAGCUUCAGAGAGAAAUGCAUCGCAACAUGAGAAUGAAUGGUCAGGUCUCGCUACCUGUCUUUCCUAGGCCACGGCGGCCACCAAAGGACAUGACCCCGGUGGAGCCAGCAGCAUUCGCCGCUCAGCUGAUUGCCAGACUUGAAAAGCUGAAGAGAGAACAAGAAACUAUGAGCUCACUGGAAGAAAGACUGCAGCAGAUUCAGGAGGAGGAAGAGCAUGAGGAGUCUGAGGUGUCUUCUUCCUCACAGCGUCGCUCAAGCGAGGACGACCCACAGGCCAUCCUAGAUGAGCACCUUUCACGUGUUCUCAGGACACCUGGUUGUCAAUCACCCGGAGUGGCACGUCAUUCGCCCCGUUCUCGCUCACCUGAACCCCGGCCUAUGACCAGGCCUGUGGGUAGCACCGUGCCUAUGUCUGCCUACCCAUCUGGGCGAACAAUUGUCUCUAAGCACGUCCAUCACCACUACAUCCAUCACCACUCAGUGCCCAAGAGCAAGGAACAGAUUGAGGCUGAGGCAGCACGGCGGGUGCAGGGCAUGUGUCCCGCCGUACCUGAAUGCUGUCCGUCACCAUACACACGCAGCCGCAGCCUGGGCUCUGAGCACGGAAACAGCGUUGGAGAGGGGAGCCAAGGAUGUUCGAGUGCUUUAUCCAAGCGUCUCUGUAGGUCAGGUGAGGAGGUGAACAGUGAGAGUGCAGAUAGUGCCACCCUACAGCUGCCCACUGACAGCGCAGACCGCUCACAGAAUGUCUGGCAGUGGAUCUUGGAGAGCGAUCGCCAGGCCAAGCACAGGCCACACAGCACUCAGAGCACGAGGAAACUCUAUGGCUCCGAGUCAGCACGAACCCACACUUGGGGUGGUGCAGGUAUCUCUGGGCACCUCCGAACGCACCAGCCUGCUCAUCCAUUUAUCCAGGACCCAGCCAUGCCCCCUCUACCUCCACCCAACACCCUAGCACAGCUGGAGGAAGCGUGUCGACGUCUGGAAGAGGUUUCCAAACCCCCCAAACAGAGGCAUUCAACACCAGGCCUUCAAAGAGACAAGAGCCAUGCAGUGCCUGUCCAGACUGGAGCUGCCUCUCUCCAGAGCCAGGCUCUUCAAACAGAGCACACAAAAGAGCCAAAGAAGCCUUCUGGCAGCCACGCCAACGAAACUGUUGUCACAUACUUCUUCUGUGGUGAGGAGAUUCCCUACCGGCGAAUGAUGAAGACACACAGCCUCACCCUAGGCCACUUCAAAGAGCAGCUCCGCAAGAAAGGCAACUACAGGUACUACUUCAAGAAGGCCAGCGAUGAGUUUGAGUGCGGAGCAGUGUUCGAGGAAGUAUGGGACGAUGGAACCAUUCUUCCCAUGUAUGAGGGCAAAAUCCUGGGAAAAGUGGAACGAACAGACUAAUUUGCCACUCGAGACCAACAAGUGAAGAAACAAACUUCUACUCAUAGACCUGUAUUUUCAAAGAUAAAGAAAUUUAAUAUAUCCACAAAAAUUUUUGUUUUGUUUUGGCGCAUCAAGCUAUUGAAGGAAUUCUAGCCAAUGAAGUAUAUGAACUGUGGGAGGACUCCAGCAAAGCAGCCUGGGAGAUCAGGCACCUUAACUCUCAAUUGAACGGUCAAUAGACGCUAAGUGUAUAUCACUGUCUGAAGAUGCGGGUGACUAUGUGGUUUUUAUAUAUAUAUAUAUAUAUAUAUAUAUAUAUAUAUAUAUAUAUAUAUAUAUAUAUAUAUAUAUAUAUAUAUGAGGGAUCACUACAGAGCCGGUGCAUCCCGCACCAUGGACUGCUGACCAAGGUUUAGUUGUGUUAAUUGCAGGUGUUUGCUUGAACUGUGUGUGUAUGUAUGUGUGUGUAUGUGCGUGUGUUUGUAUACAGAGGUUUGUGCACGUUAUAUUGUGCUUUGUAACAAAAAUGAAUAUUGAUAUUUAUUAAACUGUCAUUUCCCUCCUGCCCCAUGUCCAGCUUAAUGGACAAGCUGCUUAGUUGAAUUGGGAGAUUGUUUUCCAAUGUAACACAUGCAUGGUCAUAAUGCUAGAGUCCCCCUUUAUAAAGAAAUGCUAGGAGUCUCUAAUGCUGUCCAAUGAGGAGAUGACUUCCGGGCUGGGACCACCCAGUAUUCUCAACCUUCUCUGGUGUUGAUGUUUGCUCUGUUCCUUAUGCGUCCAGGCCCCUGUCCCAUUUUACAUCACAGUGCCUUUGAUUUAUUGAGCCUAGGAAUUGCACAUGAUCAAACCAGCUUGGCACGGAGCCUUGAAGGACAUUAAUGUAUUAAAAAAAACCUUACAAACAUCCUGAUAUUAUACAGCAAUGCUGAUGUCUUAAUCCCAAUGAACAAAAUCUGUGGCCUUUCUUUAUUUCAGCACCAUUUAAACAGAAAUAAGCAGGAUGUUGAGAAGUUAGGUGUACCCAGUUUGGAAGUUCCCUCCAAAAGUGGUGAGAGUUACUGAGAACUACAGAGCUCCUGGACAGGGUGUAGUUGUGCACUGGCAUCAGCAAAGGAGUAUGGACUAAUGUCAGUACCUGCAGUACCUGUGCCUACAUGGAUACCAUGCCAUGUGCUGCCCUGCUUCAGGGUGUAAUAUUCCCUUGCUUUUCUAAAGGGGUUUAUGUUGCAAAGAUUUUUUUUAUGCUUUGGAUAUCUUAUCUAUUCUGUUUUUUUUUCUGUUCCACAUAAAUGUAAAUUAUGCAUAUAUAGAGCAUCAUUUUAAAGAUGACUUGGUACAUUAAUUAUUGUAAUUAUGAAGAGAUGUAGCCUUUAUUAAAUGUUUAUAUUUUUCAAAUGAA